GUGAGUUUAGCUAUGUGAGGGAAGCUGCAGUUGAGAAGCGCGCGCCUGGAAUGACCGAGCGGACUGGAGCUGUGUCUGGGACUGUAGUUAGUUAAUUGGUUCAUUAGUUAAUUGGUUAAUUGAUCGGGUUGGCGGGAGUUUAUUAGUUUCAGGAUUAGCUGUUUUUUACAGAAACUACAGACAUGGCGGACUGGAAGAUGCCGGUGAGCUACUACAACCCGUCAUAUCACGCGUACGCGUACGGCCUGAUGUACCCCCAGGCCCCCGAGCAGACCCACCCCACCGUCAGCUGGGCGGAGGCCGCGUACGGCCCGUCUGCCGCGGUCACAGGCGGCUAUUACUCCCCGCACGCUCCGUCUCAGUCCCCGCCCGGCAGCCCGGAGUGCGCGCCCGCCGGUAGUAACGGGCAUUACCCGGGCUCGGUGGUGUACUACACCGACUCCCAGUCGCACACGCAGAACGGCCGCCUGUUCUUCUCCAACAACCGGGUGCAGUUCGACCAGCAGCCCAAAGACCCGGAGGCGGACCAGGCGGGAACCGGGAGCGACACCCCGAGCGACUCCGAGGCCCACACUCCAGACUCCUGGAGCUCCGGCAGCAGUCGGGAAGGUGGCGUUCCUCCAGCCGAGCUUGAUCUUCCUGCUUGGGUGAAGAAAGAGCCUUCAUCCUAUGAGCUGGACGGUGGCAGUCCUGACUGUACUGAGGUUAUUCCCAGCUCUCUUUCAGCAGCAGAGCAUCAGUCAGGUUUUAAGGUGGAGGAGGACUGCGGUUUGGUGAUGUCUCCACCCGGGCAGAUUCCAUCACAACCACGAAAAGCUAAAGCCCGAACAGCCUUUUCUGAAGGUCAGAUGAACGCCCUGACCGACCGCUUUAAUGUACAGAGAUACCUCACGCCUGCAGAGAUGAAGACUCUCGCUGUGCUGACUGGGCUUACCUACAAACAGGUGAAAACCUGGUUUCAGAACCGGAGAAUGAAGCUCAAGCGACACCAGAAAGACAACAGCUGGGUGUCGGAGAGGUACAUCACUGCUGGGGUGCCCAGCGGCCCACCCUCACAUUCUCAGUUUCAGGUAGACGCUCCUAUGCUGAACCAGGACCUCUUUGCCACCAACCCUCAGUUCGGAAAUGCCGUGUUCAAGAAAAGCCCCCCACAGACGCAGCCCUUCUACCCCAACUACACCAGACCCCUCUCCCCGUCCCAGGUCCCCUCCCAGGUCUCCUCCAGACCCCCGGGGUCCUGGCCCCUGCCCCCAGCUGUGACGCACUACGAGUUCCCCAACCCCGGCGUGCCGGUGCGCGGGAACCCCGACGCCGGAAACUCUGCCGAUCCUAGCAGCAGCAGCUCUACGCAACUGGCCACCCUGCACAGCGCCACCCAGUGGUCGUCUUAAUGCGACUGCGCCGGGCUGUGAGCGGCGGCGUGUGUAAAUAAUUAGAACCUCACAGCCUGUAGACGAUACUUCUUCUUCUGUACAUAAUAUUCAGAUUUAAUCCGGGGAGCUGGUGGCUGAUGCUCUUUGUUGAUCUGUGUGUUUUUAAGUCACUGGAUGCGAUCAGAUGCACAUUUUUUUUUUACUUUUAUAUAUAUUUUUUUCUUUCUUUUUAUGAAAUUAGAGUUUUUUGACGUUCUUUUAUAGUGGAGCUCUAUUUUUGUAAAUUCAGUGGACCUCUUCUUCUUCUUCCUCUUCUUCUUCUUCUUCUUCUUCUUCUUCUUCUUCCUCUUCUUCUUCUUCUUCCCCAGAGUAUUUAAUCUUUAGAUAUUUAGAUCAGGAGGAUCUCUCUCUCUCUCUCUC